GCAACUCUGAAAAAAUAAACAUUUUUGAGCAAACCAAAACAAACAGGUCAAAAACUUGUCACAACUAUACAAACUGCUUAGUGACCCACAGGUGUGAAAUUGCAGAUGACUCAGUAGCAAAGUACAACUAUUUUCAAAAAUAAUAAUCAUGUUAACUCAGGAAGCCAUUCAAGAUAAUGUUGGAAUCUCUAAAACAACACAGUACAGUGAAUUUUCAGACAGAAUCAAAGUUAAGAAUAUACCAUUCCUUGGUCGUUUACAUAUUGUCCGAGACCGUGAGGGAUACCUUGCAUUAUCUUUUACUACAAUUUACUGGAUUUAUGGAACUUUUGUGAAUUUGUUUAUAAUACUUUUACCUCACUAUUAUGAUAAACAGCUUCCUGGAGAACUGGUAUUAUGGUUUUGUUUUCUAUCUGGUAUGUGUAUAAUUUCAUUAUUUAAAGCUUCUACUACAAAUCCAGGAAGAGUACCUCUAAUUGAAGAUUCUCAGAUUGAUAUAAAUCAUUGGGAAGUAUGUAAAACAUGCCGUAGAAAACGUCCAAAACGAGCCCAUCACUGUAGAAGGUGUAACCAGUGUGUGUUAAGAAUGGAUCAUCAUUGUCCAUGGAUAAAUAAUUGUGUAGGAGAGGAGAACCAUUGGGCUUUUACACUACUGUUAAUAUAUGCCUUUCUUUUGGGAUUAACUGGUUUUGUGAUAAACAUGUUACACUUCUGGUGGUGGCCAAAAUGUGUUACCUGUGAUAAGGAAAGUUUUUUCAUAAAGCACCAGAUCUGGUUUGUGUAUUUAGUGACAGGACUGGGUGCUGCUAUGGCAGCGCUUAUGGGUGGACAGGUCAUAGUUCAACAUACAAAUAUUCUUCUGAAUCAAACGACAUUAGAAACAAUGGGAUUGAAUCAAACAAUGGGAUCACAUUCACAUGAAUCAUCAAAAAGUAAUCCAGCUUAUGCACAAUACAAAGACUUAUGUGGGGAUGGUUCUCCAUUUUGCUGGUUAUUCCCCUUUGGUAGUCGCAGAGCAGCACAAAAAUAUAUAAACACAGUUUAGCAUUUAUUGGAAACCUAAAUGACUCUCUUUUAUACAAGUGAGAGUUUAAUUGUAAUAUUUUAUGCAGCUAUGUUCUUUUUAUUUCAAAUUGAAAUGUUCCACAAUAUUGUUGAUUACACUAGACUAGUAUCAUUUUCUAUAACACCUUUUAGUUCAGUUUGUCUUUAGUUUAACAUGGCAUCCAUCUGGUCUUCUAACUUAUCAAAUCAUUUUUAAACCACUUUGCCAGUUACUUCCAAAUUUAUCCUAAACCUUUCUUGGAAGACUACUGUCAAAGUUAUGUCUUGUUAUGUUAUAAAUAUGGCUUUUAUUACUAAAAAAAACUGAGAAGAAGUGAAAUAUAGCAAUAUUAGUUCUUUACCAAUUAAAGGAGGUCUUUUCUAAUGGAAACAUGCCCUAGAGUAAUAUUUUAUUUACUGGUGGUGCUAACCUUUUCCCAUUGUUAAUUGCAAAGGCAAAUAAUUAUUCCUUGCCUAAAAUAAGUUACACCAUUGUAUAUAUUGGAUGUUCAUGUUUCUAGUCAGGAUUUAUAGCAUUUAAUGCUGGAGUAGUAACAGUUUGUAAUGAAAAUUUAAUUUAGUACAUUUCCUUUCAUAUUAUAUACAUAUCCUGCCUGUAAAGUAAAUCUUUACUAGUUAUUACUUUAUUUUUGUAUAUCUCUUAUCAAGGACUUACAUAUCAAUGAAGUUACAAAGCACCAGAAAGUUGGUAUGAAAUUCUGGUUUAUUUAGCAUGUUGUAUGACUUCAAGAAUGUCUUGUUUAUUAUAGAAGGAUUUGGUUGCUGCUUUAAUGUGUAACUAAUAUUAUUAUUCAAUAUAACAUUUUGGUUGUCCUAGUGAUGAAUAUUGCAAAUGUAAUGCUUUUACACAAUAGUGCUUGGUGGAUAUUAUUAUUGAUUGAUUUUGGUCCUUGAUGUACCUCCUUCAGAGGCAGAAUGAUGUGUGGGUUUUUUUAGGCUGCUUCUAUAAUGGUUUUGGUCAUUAUCCAUUUCCGUUAAAAAAAAUUAUCUGUUCAUAAAAAGUGUUGUGUGUUUCUGAUAAUUAUUGGGUUCAAAGUUUAAGAUAAUUAUCUGUUGUGUUAUAUUGAUAUUUGAACACUGUCUAAGGACAAAAUAGAGACCAGGUAAAAAUCAUUGGAAUCCUUCUUUAAUUUUACAAAUAUAAUCCACAUUAUAUAUAAGUAAAAGAGAAAUAGUCAUCAUUAACGAUGAUAUAAUUAUUUAGCUUAAAAUCAUUGAAUUUAUAAUCUUUUCUUUCUGCAUUUAAACUAUUGGCAUUGUGUAAGAAAAUCUCAGAGAGGCUCAAUAAAUAACAGCAGAUAAUAAUGUUUUCCAAUAUUUGUUGUAGUUUCUUAUCUUUGUCAUGUAAGUGUUACAAUUUUGAAAGUAAUUAAUCACUUAUCAUCAAAAUUGUUCACCAAACUGCUAUCUUAUUCACAUUAAGGCAUUUAAAUCCAUGUUGAUAUACAUGUAUUAUUUGUGUGCUUCCAUAUUCAUAUAAUCCUCAAUUUCUUUGAUGAGCUUUGGUUUAAAACAACCCUAGUUUAUACAUCCCAUUUCAUUUAGUACACCAUUACAUUACAAAAUGUAAAAAAUAUUUUAUUUGAUAGUAAAAUCCAAAGAGCAAUGAGCAAAAUAUCAAAACACAAAAGAGUAGUGUGUCCUGUUUUAUAAAAGUAAGUUCAACUUAACUUUGUAUGACUUUGUUAACCAGAUUCUUGUUUAAGUUUGACAUUUAUUUUACUUUUAAGGAUAAUGUAUUAUAUGUCAGUUGUCAGCAUUAAUGAUUUUUCCUUUUUGACGCUUUAUAACAUGAGAAAAAUUUACUCCAUUGGUUCAUAAUUUUUCAACAGCUUAAAAUGGAUAGUUUUCUUGUCGGAAAUAAAAGAAAAAAUUCUUUAGAACUUCAUGGAAGAAAUGUCCAGAAGAUUUCAAAAAGAGUUUUGAUGAUGUAAUAUUGUUAAAAGUAAUGAAGUAUAUAGAUGAAAUGUGUUGUCAGUGGAUGAUUGAUGAAAAAGUGCAUCAUUAUUGUCUUCAGCAGACAAUUGUCUCCACGGUUACAUUAAUUUAUUCAUAAAUUACAAAUCUCCAAUCAAAGGGCUUGUAAUGAUGAUGCACUUUACUUUGCAACAUGAUAAUGGGACAUUUCUUUAAUCUACUCUUCAAAUACUCACUGUACAAAGGAAAACAAUGGAUGAAAAUGUAAUAGUCCAGAUAUGGAUUUUCCUGUUUAUGUAAUUUAUUUAUAUUUGGUUAAUGCAUUAUACAAUUAUAGUUAUUGUGAAUUGUUGCAUUUAAGAUGCUUUGUGACAUAUUUUUUAAAUGAAAUGGUGUUACUGGGAUUAUAUAUUUAUCUUCUGUGCAAUUAAAAUUGUCUGUUUAUUCAUCUUUAUAA